AUUACUUCGGCAGAAACAACAGAUACAAAUACAGGCAUUCCAUCACAAUGUUGUGAGAUUUCAAAUGAGGAUCAAAAUCAUAUUGCUCCUGUUUCAAAGCCAGCUUCAGGUGGAGAGAAACAGAUUGAUACGAGUUCUUCUUGUAAUGAUCAGAGUCAUAGAAGCAUGCAAGAAGAUAUGAAGCUUGAUCUGAAGCUUGAGGAAGGAACAAAGGGUACUGGCUGAUGGUCAUAUGCCGUGGGCUUGUGAGGCAUUUUUGAAGCAUCAUGCAGAAGAGCUGAUCUCAUCCCGAGCUCUACAUUGGUGUUGGACAUUAUUCAUGAUCAAACUUUGGAAUCAUGGUCUUCUUGAUGCCUGCACAAUGAACAACUGUAGUUCAAUAUUAGAGCGCUUCAAAAACAAGGGAUUGGAUACUGUCACAAAUUGAAGACAAAUUGCCUCUACAAUAGACAUGACAAUGAAAUCGGAUUUGGAAGAUCGUUCAAAUUCUUUUAAUUCAAAGUCUGGUGCUGGCUGCAUUGAAUGUGUUUUCCAUCCAAGCAAUUAUAUUCAAGUUGAUGAACUGGAUUGCGAGGAACCAUCCUCUUCUCUUUCUGCAGGUUUCACUUAUUACUGUAGUUACACAACUCAUGGAUGCUUGUCUCAGACCACUAGGACAAACUUCCCUUGUAUCUCAGAUUUUUGGAGGAUUGGUAUUUGGUCCAUCCAUGUUGGGACACAAAAAGAUGGUGACAAGAAUCUUAUUCCCUAUGAAAGGUUCUUGAAUACUUAACACAGUGGCAACUUUCUGCCUCAAUUUCUUCUACUUCAUAUGUUGUGUAAAGAUGGAUACUGGAACAAUGCUAAAAACAGAAAAACAAGCCAUCACAAUUGGUAUUUCUGUAUCCGCGUUCGCAUUUGCAAUCCCUCUUGGAUUAUCCUUUGCAUUCACCAAUUUUGUUUCCAUGGACAAAACCCUCGCGUCUGCCCUCCUGUUAAUAGCCAUCUCGCAAAGCUUUACUGUAUUCAUCAGCAUAUCAGUCCUUCUAACAAAGCUUAAAAUCCUAAACACCAAUGUCGGCCGUCUAGCAUUAUCAUCGAUGAUGUUUACCGAUGUUGUUAGUCUCCCUUUGAUAACAGUUAUUUUUGCAGUAAUGCAGGUUAAAACUGCUAAUAAGAGUAUAGUGACGCUGCUAUGGAUCCUUCUAUCCAUAGGUGCACUCUUGGUCGUUAUCUUCUAUGUAAUGAGGCCGACUAUAAUAUGGUAUGUAAGCCGGUUAAAUGGAAAGCCGAUUGACGAAUUUUGCAUUGUCUGUAUCAUUCUGUGUGUUCUCUUCACUGCAUUUUGCAGAGAAUUCAUUGGGCAACACUAUUCUAUGGGACCGAUAUUUUUAGGCUUGGCUGUUCCUGAAGGACCGCCUUUAGGAUCGACUUUGAUAUCGAAAAUAGAAACACUUACUGGUGGGUUUUUGUAUCCAUUAUACCUUGAUGUCAGUGGAUUGCAGACUGAUAUAUUCAAAAUCAACUUUCGGGCUGCUUGGAUUAUAACUGUCAUAGUGAUAGUCGCUUUUCUUGCAAAGAUCAUUGCUGUUAUUUAGCCAGGUUACAAUUGGGACCAGUUCAGAGUCUCAAGGAGGGCAACAACAAUGUCAAGGAAGCCAACCACAGGUGCCAUGUGCAUUUAAGAGUUUUAAUUUGUCUCAAAAGGAAAAAACUCUAAAUGAACUUGUGAGGGACUCGUGGCUUAAUUUGACCACAAAUGGUGAUGUUAGAGUUGAUGUAAAAUCAUUCGUUGAUCUCCGCAGCUGGUUUCGAAGUAAUGAUGUUCCAUCCUGUCAAGUUUGCAAUGAAGUUGGAAUUAAGGCAGAGUUGUGCAAAAAUGAAAAUUGUACUGUACGAAUUCAUCAAUACUGCCUGAAGCAACCUUUCUCCCAAAUAAAGGCUGCAAAAGUUUGCCCAAGUUGGGGCACUUCAUGGCCAUUUACAAUGCCCAAAGCAGAAUAUGUACAAACUGAAGAUGAUAAUGGGCCUAGGCAAAGCCAACAGCCUACUGGUUCUAAAGGAAAGAAGCGAAGAGCCAAUAUGAUUGUUGAGGAUGACAGAGUUGGAUGCAGCAAUCAGAACAAGCUCAAUGAAUAUAGAGAAAGCCAUCAUGACAAUGAACGGGCGCGAAGAAGGGCUAGACUACGGAGAACUCAUGAAGCAGAUAUAGCAGGCCCUACUGCGUCUUAAUCAUCCUCAACUGUCACUGAUUUGAGAAGAUCUUCAUCUGCAUGGGUCGGACGUUUUUCCGUCUCCAAACUCUACGUAUCAUUCACAGACCAGCGGACCUCCUGGCAUUGGAUUAAGGCCACUAAAUUCUCCAAAUAAUGUUUCUGGUAUGGGUUCAUAUGACCAGCUCAUCCAGCAGUAUCAACAACACCAGAAUCAGUCCCAAUUUCGCCUUCAGCAAAUGUCAGUUGUAAAUUAGACCUUUAGGAAUCACGACCACAUAAGGCUGAUAUUGAAAUGAAGUCAUUGGCAGUUAUAUGAAUGCUCAACAUACUUCUGCAUUUGGUGCAGUUACACCUCCAAGUGCGAGGUAGAUAAUGCCCUUCGAAAGUCUUAACUUGCAUCCCUCGGAGGCCCCGAGAGUUUCGUUGUCUUUGAUCAAACGGAUUUUCCACCAUAGCAUGUGAAUAUUCACAGCGGAGACAAACUCGUUAAAAAUUCAACACGGCAUGAUAUCCUUCUGCAAUAACAACGCAACAACAACACACAAAAAUCAGUGCAAUUCCAAAAAAAAAAGAAGAGAAAACACAUAUUCAAGUGAGUUACUGUGGUGAUUUUUUUCUUACCAACAGUGAAGUUUUGGAAAUGAAAGAGAACUGAGAAGGGGACCACAAAUUGAACAUGGACAAAAUUCAAAACCUCUCCCAGUACAGACAUUUCCCACUACUCUGAGGAAAUACAGCAACACAGCAGAGAGGAGAUGAGUCAUAUAUAAGAGAGGCCACUGUUCAUAAAGGAAAGAGCCGAAAAACCCUAAUUUUGGAGAGGAGCCGUUACUGUUCACUAAGAGAAAAAGGAGCCGACGGCAAGGAGAAAAGAAAACCAUAGUUGUUCUUGGUGGUGAAGAGCGGAAGAUCAAAAAUCGGUUCAGACGGAACCUUACCUACAUCCGUCGGUCAAUCUCGCCGCAACCGGUUAGUUUCCUUUUCGAGUUUCUAUUUCCAUUUCUCCGUUUAGCUUCCUUGAAGCUUCCAUUUGUGUGGUUAUCUUGCCGUUAAAUCUUUGUUGUUCAAAAUGAAAAGAAACAAGAUCUA